AUGGCUGCCAAGGGGACUUCAUAUGUCAAUUCACAUAGGAGUCCACGAGGAUUUAUGUAUGUCUUAUCUUCCGCUGCAUGUGAAUGGUUCUUCAUUUUUUUGUUGUUCGUUGAUGGUACAUUAUCAUAUUUGCUAACAAAAUUCGCGCGUUAUUGCGAUUUGCAAACACAUUGUCUGUUAUGCUCGAGGCUCGAUCAUUUUUUCGAAAAUGAAAAGCCGCAUUUUUACAAGAAUUUACUCUGUAACAAUCACAAAGUGGAAAUAUCGUCCUUGGUAUAUUGUAAUGUCCAUGACAAGCUUGCAGAUGUCCGUGACAUGUGUGAAGAAUGUGUCAUGUCAUUCUUUACGCAGAACAAAUCGAGCCCAUUGUUCAUAGGUAGAUCGGGGCUUGAUUUCGAGAGGGGUGGUUUUUCUAGUCCAUUUUUGAACAACAAUUUUAUUCCUGGUUCUGUAAACACUAGGUAUUGUUCUUGUUGUAACAUGCCAUGGAGGCCUAAAUCAAACGCUCAUAGAUUGCUUCAAAUAGCUCCGAUUGGAUAUGGAGCUAGAGCAAAUGUCAAACCUCCUCUGCCUCGCACGCCAGGACGUAGUCGUUUUAGUCGUCGUGACAGCAUGAAGAAGAUGAGGGAUAAGUUUGCUGAGCCGUCAAAGCCUCGGAACCCCCUUCCUCACGUGGGAUACAGUGAGCUGAAAUUUACUUCUGAUUCUGAUUCCGACUUUCAAUUCUCUGACGAUGAUCGAAAAAGUGAGUUCAACAAAGAUCUUGUUGCUGGGCGCAGUGCAAAAAAUGUGCCUAAAACACCACAAACUCAACAAGCUUCUUCUGGUCACGAGCCUUCACUUUUGGAUCAGAGUGUGCAACUUCAUGGAAGUGAGCCUCGUGAUGCCAAAUACUCGGCAUGGAAUAGUUUGCGAGAGCUUAUUUGGGAUAAUCCAAUGCCGGAGCUUAUUUCACUAAAUGAUGUCCCUCUGUCACCCAAUGUUGAGGAAGGUCAUGUUGGUGUUGGUAUAUCAGCAGAUACCCCUCUUGGUACUCUCUCCCGAGAGUCGAGUGGCUUUGCACUCUCCGAGCUUAGUUUACUAGAUGUUAUCCCUCCUUCGGACGUGGUGACAAUUCCUUCACCGGAGAAUUUGGUUGAUGCUAACGGAAUCAAUGACAUUGGACAUACAUCUAUCUCCGGGAAUGCAGAAUUCACGGAAUGCACAAGUCCGACAAGUGAUCAAGUUUUAAAAACUGUUCAUGUUCUGCAUAGCAAUGCUCCGCCAAUUGCAAAUGGCACGGAAACAAGUAAUGUGAGUGAGUCGGUUGGCGGCAUUAAAGAACUCGCUUUUGAAGUAUCUAGUGUGCAUCUAAAACAACCUCCUCUUGAACCUAAAGGAGUUCAUGAAGAUGCAAAGUUGUCGCCGCAUGAAGUAUCAUCUGCAAUUGGGAUUGAUGGAAUGCACAUUGAUAGUGAGGAAUUACGUAGAACUGAAUCUUCUACUAAAGAACUCGCUUUUGAAGUAUCUAGUGUGCAUUUGAAACAACCUCCUCCUCCUCUUGACACUAUAGUUGUUCAAGAAGAUGCAAAGUUGUCACCAAAUGUAUCAUCUGCAAUUGGGAUUGAUGGAACGAAAACUGAUGACGAAGAAUUAGGCAGAACUGAAUCCUCUAACUCGAAAGAAAUUCCCUCCCCUCGAAAAUCAACCUCGUUGGAUAGAAAAGAAUCCGGAUAUGAAUCUAUAGACGGAAGCAGUACUAUUAGUGAAAUCGAGGGUGAAAGUGUAGUUGAGAGAUUGAGAAGACAAAUCGAGCAUGACAAGCGAUGCAUGAGUGCUUUGUACAAGGAACUGGAGGAAGAAAGAAAUGCUGCUUCGGAUGCUGCAAACGAGGCGAUGGCAAUGAUCACGAGGCUGCAGGAGGAGAAGGCCGCACUUCAUAUGGAGGCGUUGCAGUACUUGAGAAUGAUGGAGGAGCAAGCAGAGUACGAUAUGGAUGCACUCGAAAAGGCUAAUGAUCUUCUUGCUGAGAAGGAUAAAGAGAUUCAAGAUUUGGAAGCGGAGUUGGAAUUCUACAAGAACAUCAUCGAAGACUCGAUGGUCAUGGAUGAUGAAACCUACAAUUUCAAUGGAAAUUUCAUGGAAAAUAAUGGUGAUGUUCCUCCUAAUAACUCGAUGGUCAUUGAAGGAAGUGACGAAACAAUAAUUCACAACAAUGAUUUUCAUUGUGUCGAAAAUAAUGCUCAUGUUCCUUCUAACUCGACUGUUGUUGAUGGAAGUGACAAAACACCCAAUGUCAAGACUGCAUCCAACGUUGAAGAAUCGAAGAAUCAACAUGAUGAAACCUACAGUUUGAAUGGAGAUCAGAGCAUGAUGGUUGAUAAGAAUGACUGGGAUUGUGUCGAAAACAAUGCUUAUGUUCCUUCUAAUUCGACGAUUGUUGAUGAAAGAGAGAAAACAACCAAUGUCAAGACUUCAUCAAACAUCCAAGACUCGACGAAUCUGCAUGAUGAAGCCUACAAUUUGAAUGGAGAUCAGAGCAUGAUGGUUGACAAAAAUGAUUUACAUUGUGUCGAAAAUAAUGCUAAUGUUCAUUCUGACUCGACGAUUGUUGAAGGAAGUGACAAAACAACUAAUGUCAAGGCUUCAUUGGAUUCAAAUGGCUCCUAA